UUAUAACGUGACCAUGAUCAAGACUAAUGGGAAACUUCAAACGGCAUCGCAGUAUAUCCCCCCAACACUUCCGCAGAAAAACGCUACAUCGUGCCUGCAUUGAAAGGUGCAGCAAGGAAACAGAAGGGUUAAUUGUGUAUUGGUUUACACUUGAUUCCCCGAGCAAUGUAACGAACGGUAGUGUCAAGAUUACAAUGCAAGACGAUAUUUUCCCGGCGGCAGAGAAAAUCCUUUCCGACAUCGAAAAUGUGGUGAAGAAGAAUCCGUCGCUGAAAAGUUUCGAGAUAGUUCCCGCGGAAGAUAACGAAAAUAAAUCGCCAGUGUUUCAUCAGGAGGACUGUCUUGGAUUGGCAUCAUGGUGCGUCCAACCGUUAUACUGCUACGCUCAUCGUCGUCUUUUCGAACUCCGUCAGAACAAACACAGACGGGAAGAACCUAACACGAUAGCAAAAUGGUUGCUAGGCGCUCUUCUAUUAAAUCCCGAAGUGACGACGUUCUGGAACAUGCGACGGGAGCUGGUAAGAAAUCACAAGCUAGAGCCGUCGGAGGAAUUCGCGUUCUCACGGUUGGUGCUGUACCAUAAGCCAAAAUGCUUUGAGGCGUUCGCCUACCGACGGUGGUUACUGUCUUGCGUGCUGAACGCGAAAGACAGCCGUUACGAUCCUGAUUCGACGGAAUCACCGCUUUGUACCGAGUUAAACAUCGCUGCUAUAUGCGCGGACAGGUACGGGAACAACUACGACGCGUGGAGUCACAGGCGUCACGUGAUGGCUCUUCGCGAGUCGCGAGGAUUCACUUAUCCAACGCUCGAAAACGAGUGGAAGAAUUCCCUUGCUUGGUGUCAACGACAUGUCUCCGAUUACAGUGGGCUUUCCUAUCGGCAGUUCUUAUUACAGAAAUACAUGUUCGAGUUCAAAGAACCGCUGAGAGAGCCAUUGAUAACGUGCCCGAACGACGACAAGCGAUGCAAAGAUGAAUUGUACGCUUACAUCGAGUCCACCAUCAGCGACGAGGGGGACAGGCAUAAAUUGCAAAGGUUGUUCGACGCGAUGCGCACGGAAUUCAGGCCAUCUUCCUCAAGAACGAAACAGCAAACUUACUUCUCCGCUUUCUCGUAUUGGGCGCAAGAAUGUCGCGUGAACGAAAGCACCAUUUGCAUGUACAACGAUUACGAGGCUCUUUGGUGUCAUCGUAGGUUCCUGGCUCAUCUCCUGGUGCGUUUCAUCGCGUCGUAUGCGAAGCAUUCCUGCCUCAGGGACGAUAAGCUUGUCGAUAAGUCGAUCGAGGCGAAAGAUGUUCAGAAAAAGUCGCUCGCGACAGAUGACGUGACGUUGUGCCACGACCUUCUUGUGGGAGCCUUUCGCACGCGUACCGAAAAGAUCGCCGAUCUUGCAACGAAACGAGAUCAGCACGAAAAGAUGCUCGUCGAGAGGUUCUACAAGUUUCUCAGAAAUAUCGGAUUCGAAAUAAGGUCGUGAUCCUAUUAGCCGUUGAAAUUGUACUUUUAAAUAAAAAAUGAUCCGCGCGCAUUAAGCUGUAUAAUCAUACUCAUACCGGGCAUAAAUCGAGUGCCACUGUAAAAAACAGGUCUAUUUUACAUCGUCGACAAAUGUUUCCUCGACUUUGUUUUCUUCGAUGUUGUUUCACAGAGAACUGUUUUCAUUGACAUUGCCUGUUUACCAACACGUUAAAUAUAAUUUAUUGGAAGUUUGAGAUGUAUCUUAUUAGUUUAGGAUUGUUUGCGUCAUUAGUUGAGUUUAAUAAUGAUUCAACAUCCUCUCUGACUUUCUCUUCCGUCCUUGUUUUUAGCUUUUCCCUAGUAUGUAACUUUGUCUUCGGUUUGUUAUGAAGGAAAAAUAUAUCCACGGUUUGGACGGUCAAUAUGCGAACAUCACUCUAUAAUAAAAUGAUGUCCGUUAAUAUGUUGUUCGCCGAUCGCAAUAUUACAAUAAUACUCGUUAUUGCUUCUUUCUUUUGUGUUCGUCGUUUUCACUAAACAACACACAAGUAAUAACCCAAAAAAUAUCUUAUCGGAACAGUUUACACAAUUCUAUUAGAAUAUAAGAUUAUUUGUGUACAAUCAAGUGUCGAUGAAAAUUGAAGUCUGUGGGUAUAAAGAUUGGUGAACAAACGAGGUUCUUCGAGAUCAGUUUAAACUAAAAUAGAAACUAUUGUUGGUGAUUUGAAGUAGACCUGUAAAAAAUCACGCAAUAACUUUUACUCUGUAUUCUACGCAGACGUUAUUCCUAAUCGUAUACUACCCGUGAAUUGUAUCUCGAUAGCGCUCUCUCGUCGGAUCCAUUCGAGCGACGAAAGCCCUCCCUCCCCUCUUGCGCAUAAAUAAUAUAGCGCCGUUUUAAUAAGUAAGAAUCUACGUACGAUCGUACGUA